AGGAAAGAGGGCAGUACCUCGGAGGCUUCGAGCCAGAAGCCUACUAUGGACCGGAUUUUGAGUGAGAUGAAUGAGCUUCGGAAGGAAAUGCUUCGUUUGCCAGAAGGAUGAUUGAGAAACUGAACAAAACCGGCGUCUCCUACAAACCCAGUAACCUGGAAGAGGACGAAGAGAAUCUUUACGGAGGCAUUAAUGAGUCUUCAAACGAUGUUGGACGUCCGCAAAAAGAGUUUGUAUAUCAAAAAGAUGAUUCAGACCGGUUCCGCACACCUUCCAAAAUGAAUUUGCAAAAGGAUGAUAACGGCGUUGAUGUAACUUCUCGUGAAAACACACCUUUUUACUGCACACCUGAGUACUGGGAUAGUUUCAAGGGUGAUAUGGAUGAUCCUGUCCAAGUACCAGAAGUAUCAGAUGAAAAAGCUGCCACAUCUUUAGAGACGGACGAAAUCGCAUCGCAUGCAUCGGUUGGUUCUCAAGGAGUACAAGAGGAAGUGGAGGAGGUUACUGGCAGGCGCAAGCGCAGAGGAUCACAACAUGUCAAGUCUCCUUAUGUGGUCCCUAAACCAAACAAACGUGCAAAACGUUCUGCCAAAGGAAAAUUGUUCCAAAAUGGUGAUGUUAACAAAUCUGGUGAUGAGUAUGAUGUGGUGAAAGCGUCCAUCAAGUACGUGCGUGCGCAUGAGCAUUUACAAAAACAUGCCAAAACAGAAAUUUUCAAUGAUGGCAUGGAAGAAGGUCUCACUGUGAGGAGAGCUUGUCAGAUUAUUAACCAUGAGUGGCUAAGUGGCGACGUAAUUGAUGCAUACUCAUCAUUUUUGGUCGACAAAGUUAAUGAUGAUCGUUUCAUACUUACAUUCCUCUAA